UGAAAAUUCUUUAGUGAUUAGUGAUCAUUCCACACCAUGGUUGUAUCCGUUCCACACUGAUAUCAUAUUUGCAUCACGGUCACGGUUGUUGUAGUUAUAAUAAACUUUUUAUUAUAUCAUGGUUGUACACACCACUACACGAAACAAUUUAUGUGUUGACAUUAUAGUACCAUAUGAUGCUGAUAUUUGGAACCAUUUAUUAAUCUCAGCUUCAAUUAAUCUGUAAAUGAAUGCCAAGUCGUAUCAGUACUACAAUACUAUGUCAAAUGUAUUAAAGAACUAACUUUCAAUAUUCGUCAAUCAACAUUUAUUACUUUGCUUGCGUAUUUAUUAUAACGUCAUGUACAUAUCACCGUACUAUAUAUUUUUAACCUGUAUAUAUUUUUUCAUGGUCGAAUUCCUGUUGUAUAAUUUAGAUAGAGGAGUAGUUGUCAAUGAGUAGAAAGUUACUCAACCACAUUUUUUAUAGAUCCUUACCGAUUUGUUGAUGUUAUCAUCAACUUGUUAUCGUCUGACUAUUAUUGGUGGAAAAUUAUUGUUUACUUCUUUUUUCAAAUUCAAUGUAUUUAUAUGCUUAUAUACAAAAAAGAAAAUAACAAUUGUAGACAUUAUUAGUUCAAUUAUUAACAUGCAUGUCUGUUACGUUUAAAUUUAUACACAACAUUAGUCUUUCUUUAAUAUUUUUCAACUUCCAUCUAGUAUAAUUUGGUUUCAUUUGACAUGAAGUGUUUAAAUACAGUACUGUAAUAUUAUUGUUGUGAACGCCUUUUUUUAAUCGGAAAUUCAUAAUGUCGGAUAAUGCGGAAGAUCAAAACCCUAGAGAUGCCGGAAAUAUGUGUUUGGAAUUGGCUUUGGAAGGUGAAAGACUAUGUAAAGCAGGGGAUUGUCGUUCAGGAGUGGCAUUCUUCCAAGCAGCUGUUCAAGCAGGAACUAAUGAUUUACGUACUUUAAGCGCUAUAUACAGCCAAUUAGGCAAUGCUUAUUUUUAUUUAGCAGAUUAUCCAAAGGCUUUACAUUUUCAUAAACUUGAUUUGGCUUUAGCAAGAACAUUGGGAGAUAAGCCAGGUGAAGCUAAGUCCAGUGGUAAUUUAGGAAAUACAUUGAAAGUUAUGGGAAAUUUUGAUGAAGCUAUGAUUUGUUGUAAACGUCAUUUAGAAAUCGCAAGAGAAUUGGGAGAUAAAUUGAGUGAAGGACGUGCUUUAUAUAAUUUGGGAAAUGUAUACCAUGCCAAGGGUAAACAUAUAGGAAGAGUAGGACAGCAAGAUCCAGGAGAAUUUCCAGAAGAAGUAAAAGUUUGCAUUGAACAGGCUGUUAAAUACUAUGAAGAAAAUUUAAAAUUAAUGAAAGAGCUCAAUGAUCGUGCAGCUGUUGGUCGAGCUUGUGGUAAUUUAGGAAAUACCUACUAUCUGUUAGGUAACUUUAAAGAAGCCAUUCAGUAUCAUGAAGAAAGGUUAAAAAUUGCUCGAGAAUUUGGUGAUAAGUCAGCUGAGCGUAGAGCAAACAGUAAUCUAGGAAAUUCUCAUGUUUUUCUUGGUGAAUUUGAAGAAGCUGCUGAUCAUUAUAAGAGAACUUUAAUCCUUGCUCAAGAGUUGGAAGAUCGAGCAGUUGAAGCACAAGCAUGUUAUAGUCUUGGGAACACAUAUACAUUAUUGAGAGAUUAUAAUACUGCUGUUGAUUAUCAUUUAAGACAUUUAGAUAUAGCACAAAAACUACAUGAUAGAAUUGGUGAAGGAAGAGCAUGCUGGAGUUUGGGAAAUGUAAAUCUGGCUCUAGGAAAUCAUGAAAAAGCAUUAUAUUUUGCUUCUAAACAUUUGGAAAUAUCUAAAGAAAUUGGCGAUACAGUAGGUCAAGCAACGGCACAAAUAAACAUAGUAGAUAUUAAAAAAUCAUUGGGUAUGUCAAAUGGUCAACUUUCACCAGACAGCAAAGAACUAUUGGAUACUAUUUCUAAUACACAGCCAUCACCUCAGUUACGACGUUAUCGGGUGAGACGUCAAAGCAUGGAACAGCUUGAUUUACUUAAGUUGACUCCAGAUAAUAAAGGUAAAGCACCAAUCUCUAAUGACAAGAUUUAUCAGUCUACUUCUUCAGGUUCUAAAAAGUCUGAAAAAACUGAAGAUGAUCCAUUCUUUGAUUUAUUAUCACGGUUCCAAGCAGGACGUAUGGAUGAUCAACGUUGUACUCUUGGUUCAACAAGAAAUUUAGAAGAUAAAGAAAAUCUGAACUCAAACAAAUUAGUUUCCCAAAUCGUAGGUCAUGCUGAAAGUCAAGAUGAUUUGUUGGAUAUGAUAGCUGGUAUGCAGAGUAAGAGGAUGGAUGAACAAAGAGUAGAAUUGGAGCAACUUCCUGGCAUUGCAAAACCUGACAUUGAACAACAGCCUGAUGAUAAUUUCUUAGAAAUGUUAAUGCGAUGUCAAGGAGAACGACUGGAAGAUCAGCGUAGUGAACUACCUGUAUCUAACAUUAGUAGUGAUGGAGAAUCACAACGUACACCAAACCGAGGACCAACUGUACCAGAUGAAGAUUUUUUUACUUUAAUUAUGCGUCUUCAGUCGGGUCGUAUGGAAGAUCAACGAGCAAGUGUGCCAAUGCCAAAACGAAAUUAAUGUACACUAAAUUAUGAAGUAUUAUCAGUCUGGUUAAGUUAAUAUUUUCAUGUCUAUAUUUACAGUUUUUUUUUCUUUAACUAUAAGGAAGUUAUAAUUUUAUAAUUUAUAUCUUUUUAGUAUUACUUAUUUUUAACUAUAUAAACAAUUUAUAUAAAUUGAAUGUUCAUUGUAUUUUUCCACUAUUACAAUUAUCUUUUUAAUUGACUGCU